AUGCUAAAAUCUGACUAAAAUAUAAUAAAAAGAAUAAGAAAUAUUUUUUAUAAUGACUUAUUGAUUGAAAGAGCUCUAGUCCUCUUUUUAUUUUUAUUUCUUUACUCUAUUUAUGAUCUUCUUUCAUUCAUAGUAUUAUCUAUAUUCUUGAUCAGCAUUUACAUCACUUUCUCUAAAGAAAUCAAAAAAUUUAAGCAUAAAGGCCUUAUAUAUUAUCUCUCUUCCUCUUUACAAAAUCUUCUCAUAAAAAGCAGCUUCUUUGAUUUAUUUACUCUCUUCUGGAAUCCUUAUUUAAAAAUAUUCUAAAAGCCCUUUUUUUAUAAUAUUUCUCCUGAGGAGGCUGUAAAAACUUUAGACGAGCUACCAGAUGAAGCUAAAAAUGUUAUUUUGACAAAGGGAAUUGUUUAUUCUCUACCUCCUUUUAUGAAGCAGGUCCUUUUACCACAAUAAAUUUACAAAGAGAUUUGCUAAAGAGAAGAAGAAGAAAAAAAUGAAAUUUAAAACCAACAAAAUGUUCUGAUGGUGAAAAAUUGUGAUAAUACUGACAAUUGUUAAUGUGAAAACUGUGCUAAUGAAGAAAGCAAAGAUCCAAAUAAUAAAUGGGGAGUUGUUAACUAAAAAAGAAAUAACGCAAAUCGCUAUAAUUCAAACUAGCAUUUUUAUAAAAAUGUCAUUGAAGAAGAAGAUUUGCUGCAUUUAACUGAAGUUAAACAAGACUAAUUUUAUAAAAUUUCCUAAAAAUCAACACUAAAUUUUCACAAGAAUUUCGAGGCUGGAAACUACGAAAACUAAAAUAGUAGCUCAAUCAUUCAAACACUUAACAACAGAAGCGAUAAAUUUAAGAAUGAAGAAAAAAGAAUAAAAGACAGAGUAGAAUCUAUUAGGAAAAUCAUGAUGGAAUAGCCUCUAGAAAUAAAAACUAAGUUGAUAGCUUCUUCUUAAGAUUAAUCUCAAAAUAUGCUGUAAAAUAAAAGAGAAAGUAAUUCGAAUCAAAUUAAUAUAGAGGAAGGAAUCUAGAAUAUGAUUGAAGGAUUGAAGAAAAAAUUCAAUGGAUCUAGCAAUGAUAGUGCAAUCGGAUAAAUUAAAAGUGCUGUGAACUUGCUCUUAGGAGUUGCUGAAAUGAAAAAGAAGAGCAACAUAUUGUAGAAAAUAGAAACAACUAAAAUGUACAAAUACUUUGUUUUUUCUGCAGUUUUCCUACUCAGUUAAUAUUUUAUCUCUAAGAAAACAAGAAGAUGGCUCAUAUCUAGUACAAUGCUUGUAGCUUAUGUAGUAUCCUUCUUUCUUACAUUUGGCUCUAUUGGUAUUUACAUUUAUAAAAACGUCAAUUAACCCGAAGAUAACACAAACACUACUGAUUUUUAGCAAUCAAAGCGUAAAAUAAAAAAGAAGUUAAACAAGUCUACUCUGGAAGACUCUAAAUAUUUAAUGGAUGAUUCUGAAUUUUGA